AUGGCGACAUUCAAAGACGACGUCGACGCAGCUCGUUCUGCCAUUAUGCAUGAAACAGAGAACGGCUUUGAUGUGAUUGUCAUUGCGCAUUCCUACGGAGGCACGGUUGGCAAUAGUGCUGUCAAAGGUUUCAACAGACCAGCCUUUAUACCCGCUGGGACAUCUUCAUCGACCCAGACUGGGAUAUCAGGAUCUAGGCCCAACAAACAGAACACAGAGACAGGAUACGUCAUCGGUCUCAUCCUCAUUGCCACUGGAUUUUGCUUCACUGGAUUGACUUUUAUGGACCAUUUUCUAAAUGUCACUCCUCCCUUUUUCCGCGUCAAUAACGAAACUGGGUUUGCUGAUCUCACGGUUCAUCCUCAAAAGUUCUUCUAUCACGACCUACCGCCUGCAGAGGCAGAUCACGCGACCUCUAUGCUCACAACGCAAAGCCUCAAAGCAUUGUUUGAAGGCAGAGAGUAUUCAUACUCCGGGUGGCUGGAUGUUCCUGUAUGGUUCAUCGGGACCGCUGAAGACCAGGGGUUACCGAUCGCUGUGCAAAGAGCUCAGAUUGGGAUGGCGAGGACAUUGGGUGGUAACGUGGUGUACACCGAGCUGCAAUCAAGCCAUUCGCCAUUCUUGAGUCAGCCAACGCAAGUGGUACAGAUCAUGCUUCAGGCCUUUCAGUCUUUCUCGGGAAAUACGCCCGACGAAACACCAGAGACACUCGACUUAGCAAACAAGCAAUACAUUCCUCUGGUAAGCCCUUGGCGACCUGUAACAUGGUUUCGGUACGGUCUGCCGCUGGUUAUUGGUCAUUUUGUGGGCUGGACUAUACUAUCGUAUAGAAAGAUCAAGAGCUUUUGGGAGUUUCAGUCUCGAGGCACAAAGGUCGACUAG